AUGACACAUAAUGUGGAAAUGUCUGCCCCUUUUAAGGUCAAUGGCAAGGAACCACGUCAGACAGAUAACUUUAUUUACCUGGGUAGUAUCAUUACACCAGAGGGCGGCACAAAGGAGGAAAUACACAGCAGACUGGGCAAAGCCAGGAGAGUAUUUAGGGAAAUGAAUAACACCUGGAGGUCUGCACAGUACAGCACCAGCACCAAGCUGAAGCUUUACCAGAGCUGUGUUGUGUCAACUCUCCUUUAUAGAUCGGAGUGCUGGAGAAUAACGGAGACAGAUCUUGGCAAGCUACGAUCCUUCCAUACCACCUGCCGAAUGCUCAGGAUUUUCUUGCCUGAGAAGAUAACAAACGAAGACCUGCUGAGGAGAUGCAAACAAGAGGACAUGGGUACCAUCAUAACCAAGCACCGAUGGAGGUGGAUUGGACAUGUUCUCCGAAAAGACCCCCAGUCAACAGCUAGAGCAGCACUACAUUGGACACCAGAGGACAAAAGAAAGAGGGGUAGGCCUAGAACAUCAUGGCGAAGGACAGUAGAAGGCGAGAUGAAGGCAAUGAACCAGACCUGGGGAUCGUUGACAAGGCUAGCCCAGGUCAGGCAAGGGUGGAGGAAGUUUGUUGCUGCCCUACACACCAUACGGUGUAAAGGAAGAAGAAGAAGAAGAAGAAGAUGA